GGUAAUGUAGUGUAGCAGCAGACACAUGGGACGCUGCGUUGCCGUUUAUUCGAAAUUUACGGAAACAUGGCGGGCUUGGAGCUGCUGUCUGACCAGGGAUACCGUUUAGAUGGACGAAAAGCCACCGAGCUGCGGAAGCUUCAGGCCCGUAUGGGUGUGUUCAGUCAGGCCGACGGUUCUGCGUAUUUAGAGCAGGGGAACACCAAAGCUCUGGCUGUGGUGUACGGUCCGCACGAAAUGCGAGGGUCACGAAGCCGGACUCUUCAUGAUCGAGCAGUUAUCAAUUGUCAGUACAGCAUGGCAACGUUCAGCACAGCGGAGAGGAAGAGAAGACCGCAUGGAGACCGCAAAUCUACCGAGAUGAGCCUCCACCUGAAGCAGACCUUUGAAGCUGCUGUGAUGACUCAGCUCUACCCUCGCUCUCAAAUUGACAUCUAUGUCAAGAUUCUGCAGUCAGAUGGAGGGAAUUACAGCGUGUGUGUAAAUGCUGCCACUCUGGCAGUGAUCGAUGCCGGCAUCCCCAUGCGGGACUAUGUGUGUGCCUGCACCGUAGGGUUUGUGGAUGAAACCCCCCUCGCUGACCUGUGCUAUGCGGAGGAAAGUGGAGGAAUAAGUUCUUUGGCUUUAGCGCUCUUGCCCCGAGGUGGACAGAUUGCUCUGCUGCAGAUGGACGCCAGACUGCAUCAGGAUCACCUCGAGACUCUGAUUGAAGCAGCAAUGACUGCUUGUAAAGGUGUGAGCAAGGUGCUGGAUGAGGUGGUGAGGCAGCAUCUUCAAGAAUCCUCGGUGCUCACUGGAGAGUGAUGUGGGACAAAGGCAGGAACAUCUGAACAUCUGUGCAGACUGAACUUUAAAUGGAUAAAAAUUUGUUUUUAAUUCAUUUACUGAAUGCUUUUGUAUAUAUGUGAUAAACCUAAUAAUAAAUAUGUUAAUUGUGCA